GACUGACCCCAUCGCUAAAGUUGAAACUAAUGCUGGUGAUAUAGUGUCUACCUAUGCGUCGGCUAAUGGCGUUAUUGAAGCAGGGGUAGGGGUUGAAGGCACGGAGACAAAAGUCGAAGGGCCAGGCAUAGAGUCAAUUGCCGGGGAACUUAUAGCAUAA